AUGUCGACUCCGCAAGCGAAACGACGUCGGCUGAACGAAGCCGCGAAAACGUUGCAGAAGCCAUUCAAGUCUCCUUUCCGAACACUAUCGAAGCCCAGCAUUGGCGACGAUCCGCCAUUUUCAGACCCACCUGAGACAGAAUCAUCCACAAAGGGAAGAUCGGCAGAUAAUUCCGUCUGCACGAGUUCCGCACAUUCUACAAGCAGUGCAGAACAAAAGGCCACUACUACGUCAGCCUCUGGAAAUGUUGCACCGGCACAAAGACCUUCUGCAUCGAGAAUCCCAAAGACUCUCGUGUCGCGACCAAAUCCAUCCACGCCUUCGCGACUAGCGUCAAGAAGCACACUCUCCAAGCCCUCAACUGCACGCGAGAUAAUGCAACUACGCAAUGAGAUCCAAAUGCUCACCCAAGCCCAAACCCUCGCCACAUCCUCAAAAGACGACGAUCUCGUUGCAUUAAUAGAAAAAUGGCGGACAGCAAGCCGUGCAGCAGCAGAAGAGCUUUUCGGUAUCACCAGAGAUCGGGUCAACAGGAUGGGCGGGGUGGGCGCCUGGCAGGAGCGCGAGAAGGAGGCUAAGCAACGGCAGAUGAAGUGGGACCAAGAAGAGAUAGAGGCGGAGAGGGUGAGGGUGAGGGAGGCGAGGGAAAAUGGGGAGAUUCCGCAGGAGGAGUAUGAUCGGUUUGCUGAGAUGGAGGGGGAUAGGGAGAUCGAGGAGGAGAAGGAGACGUUUAAGAAUACUGACGAUUCGUUUACUAUGGAUAUGAUGCUCAAGACGCUUAACAUUGAUCUACAGCUUAUAGGGUACAACAAGGAAGCGCAGAGGUGGGACGGUUGA